ACUUCAUAUUUCAUUACAACAACCGCAAAACCAAAAACCAAAACAAGCAAAACCCAAAAUCUUACGUUGUAACUUGUUCCAGAAGAACAUCAAAAGGGAAGAACAAAAGAGAAAACUGAGGGAAAAUACGAUGUCGUGUUCCGUCGCCGUAUCCAACUCGCCGGUGUUUUCUCCGUCGUCGCCUCUUUUCUGUCCGUCUCACGAUGCCUUGAAUUUGAAGUUGACUCACCUUAUACCUCCGUCGUCUUAUCCGCCAUCUCCCUCUCCGUCAUCGCCUUUCAUGCUCCGGCUUCAAAAACCGCCGACUGGGUCUUUGUUAUCAUCAUCAUCUGUUUCGACGUCGCCAACAGCAUGUAUGGGAGCGGGAACAGUUGAGACUAUAUUGAAGAGGAAGAGGCCGGCGAAGCUGGACAUACCGGUGGCGAAAACGACGACGAGUUUUGGAGCUCCGAAGACGCCGUGUGAAGUGAGGAGAGAGUUGGAGAGUGAGGGAGAUGGGUUUUCUGUUUACUGUAAAAGAGGAAGGAAAGAAGCCAUGGAAGAUAGGUUCUCAGCUUCUGUUGAACUCCAAGGAGACUCCAAACAGGCAUUUUUUGGUGUUUUUGAUGGACAUGGAGGAGCUAAAGCUGCAGAAUUCGCAGCCCAGAAACUGAGGAGGAACAUAUUAGAUGAAGUUGAUAGAAAAAGAGACAAAACAAUGAUAAAGGAAGCUGUUAAACAAGGUUAUUUGAAGACAGAUGCUGAAUUUCUUAAACAAGAUGUAGCCGGUGGCACAUGCUGUGUGACAGCUUUGAUACAAAAUGGUAACCUUAUUGUAUCCAAUGCCGGUGAUUGUCGUGCCGUUUUGAGCAGAGCCGGUGUCGCGGAACCUCUCACCUCCGAUCACCGACCUUCAAGGGAAGACGAGAAGGACCGAAUCGAGACUUGGGGUGGGUAUGUGGAUUUAUGCCAUGGUUCUUGGAGAAUUCAAGGUUGUUUAGCUGUGUCUAGAGGGAUAGGAGACAAGCAUCUUAAACAAUGGGUAAUAGCUGAACCGGAGACAAACAUCAUUAACAUAGAAUCCGAUUGCGAGUUCUUAAUAUUAGCCUCCGAUGGCUUAUGGGACAAGGUUAGCAAUCAAGAAGCAGUUGACAUUGCUCGUCCAACAGGUUUAGCUAUCAACAAGACAAUUGAUCCAUUGGUUGCCUGUAAAAAACUUGUACAACUUUCUGUUUCAAGAGGCUCGUCGGAUGAUAUCAGUGUCAUGCUCAUUCAGCUGAGGAACUAUAUUUGAUUCUCCCAUUCAAUUCCAACCAUUGGCUUUGGCCUUAUAGUGUCGCCACCCUCAUGCUUACUUGCAUCAUUUUUGUACUUACGGCUGAAGAAGAGAUUACGGAGCCUCAGUUGUAAACUUGUUUAUAUGUAUCACAUUCUUUAUUCAUAGGGUUGUAUAUCAUGAAAUUCUUCAUAAAAUGAAAUUUCAAUGGAGUAUCA